UGUAAACAAGUCGAGAAACAUGUGACUACAAUUAAUGAACCUACUCAUUCCAUUUGAAAAAAAAUGAAAACAAAUAAGCCAACGUCUUGAAACAGAUUCUGUAUAAAUGGAGAUGAGCUCUCUGCCAAAGGCAGUCCUUGCUUUGUGUAUCCUCUCGACCUGCCUCGUUACACUUCUAGCGGAGGUUGUCCCAGUUUGCACGCCUGUAGAAUCGAGCACCGGGCCACCCCUGCCGGAGCUGCCACAGAAGUACAGCACCAGCGUAGAGGCUAACGAUCUUCAGAAUGCCUACUCGCAGGAUAUUGAAGAGUUUUACGAUGGCAACAGAGGUACUAUAAGGACUGUUGACCAUGGUAUUGAAACUUUGUUAAUUUAUGACUAUAGCACUGACGAGGAGUAUACUGUUAUUGGUAGUUCAAUUGGUCCAGGUUUUUAUACAGAGGACAACCUUCCACAAUGUACGAUACAGCGCUUAAGUAGUGAUCCUAAUCAACUUCCGUACACUAUUAAUGAUAUCGCUAGGUUUGCGGCACUUUUUGAAGAAGAAUACAUUGGUACCGAAGAAAUACGAGGAAUUCCGACCAACCACUGGAGAGCGUGCAUCAAUGAAACAGGGUUGAACUCGUUCUACGCUGAUUAUUUUUUUACUGUUCCAGGGUAUGCUACGGCUUACGGCUCAGAUCAGAUCCCAGUUCGUGUCGUCAUCAAUGGAACAAGCCAAAAUGCCAACACCUCAGAAACUAACGAUAUCACGAACGUGUACGAGUUCGCGUUCUUCAGGCCAACUACAAAAUACAAUCCCUACAUUUUCCAAACUCCAAGGGGUGUUUACUGCGAAGGCCGAGAGAAGUUUAAUCUGACAAAGCCGUUGCCGACUAUUCCCGAAGAUAUCCGAAUGCGUAUUGAAAUUAUUUCCCCAAAUGCUCGGCGGAUAGAAAACACAGACGCUUGGUUGUCUGAAACAUUUAAGCUUGUACGUUAUGAUCAUACGGCAGUUGUUUCACGAAGUGAUCUGUAUUACGAUGUCGGAGACACUAUUUCCGAGAUACACGAUUAUAAUACAAGUGUCGCUUACAUAAUAAACAAACGCAUUGGAACAUGCGUGGUACUUCCAAUUUCUAACACAAGCUACGAGGCUGUACCUACAGACCCCGCGCACGUUAGGAUGCGUACGGCACAGGAGCUAUUCUUUGGGCUUACAGACAUGAAUUAUGAAUAUGAAGGGGAGAAAUAUAUUCGAAAUAUAUUGACAGACACAUGGAUAGGCGAAGGAUCAGAAACACUAAAGGAGCAGACAUACACAAGCACGUGGGAAUGGUUCUUCACGGCUGAAAAUUGGACAGAAAACAUGGUAUCUUCAGAUUCCGUUCCCAUUCGAAUAGAUAUCAGGAGCAAACCGGAAGUUGGCAUACUUGAGCCGUUUAUAUUUGCGUUGAGUAUCUAUGAGUUCAGAGCAAGUAUUAAUGAUUUCACUGUGUUCGAUGCAUCAACAUGUUUUGCUGAAAACCAAAAGAAGAUUCUGCAGUUCCAGAUUUCAGGUGAUAGCAUCGGAUAUGUUAUACAUUCUCCAACAUUGUUCUUGAAGUCAUGUCAGUUUUCUAUUGCUGAAAAUGCUAGAGUUAGCUUCGUCAGGGUAGCAAAAGUUACGUAUGAUUACGAUGAUGUGAAGAUUUACGUAACGUUUACGUUGUUAGAUAAGGCGCCAAUAGACGGCGAUAUUUACAACCCGACCGACGAAAUAAGUCUCUCGGAAGCCUUCGACACCCUCGAAAAGUCUAUCAAUCGAGAAGAGCUUAUAAUCUACAUGAACGUGAAUGACAAACAAUACGAAUUUGUAGCGAUACCGUAUAGUCUGCGGAGUGAUGUCAUUUUCCCACCUGACUAUCCAUUUCAAGGAGACACGACAGUAUGUGACCCACAGGAAAGUCGUAUCGAGAAACCCGUGCCAGUGUUUUACGAGUCUUUCCAGGUUUAUAUGGAGGCAAAGAUACUGAAUGAACCAGCAUACACAACGGAGGCUAUUCAAUACUUUGAUUCGUUAUCCCUUCGUACAAGUAUCUUCACCUCCACGCCAUCUGGAGUGCUUCAGAUUAUAAGUGACCUCAAAGAAUUCAACGUAUAUACUAUUUAUCCAAACGGGAAUUGUACAGCAUAUCACUACGAACUUGAAUCAUUCCUGCAAGCAAAUCUCGAGUCAUCAUUUACCGGAGAGCUUCCAGUGAUUAGUUUACGUAUUGGUAUGGAGUUAACAAAACUGUACGGAGCGACAUACAAAGGAACAACAUUAGUGCGUGGUAUUCCUGUCGAUUGGUGGCGUUCUUGCGUAUUUAUUCCUCAGACACAGUCUACAUUUUCCUUCGAUUGGUACUUCACAACAGAGGGAUACAAAUCGGCAUCUUUGGCAUCACCUAUACCCGUGAGAACUGUUGUCGAAGGUAAAGGCUUGCGUUUUAAUGAUCUCGACGCCCCAGCACACACGUUUAAACAUAUUUACGAGUACUCUGGAUUCAAACCCGAAGUCAUAGAUAGUUUACCAAAAUUAUUGAUACCAUCUGGUGUCUUAUGCGUCAACGACACUCAAAGGAAACCGUUGCCUGAGCUACCAGAAUAUUCGUCAGUACGCACUGAGAUUCGUUACAAAGACGAGACAGAUUUUAAUCGACAGAGGCUGGACGUUAGUGACCAUUAUAAUCUUCCGUUAUAA